AUGAAGUCCCGCUGCGACGCUAUUAUACGCGAUAUAAUAACCGGAAACUCUGGUCCCGACUUCCUCAAGAACAGCACACCGGUUGCCCAUCUCAGAGGGAUCAUCGAGACACCACAAGGCGACUCGAAGAAGCGGAGCGCCAGCGAUAUAGUCUCGGAAGCCAUAUACGGGUUCAACUACCCCAACAACUUCUCCCACGUCGGAAUGCACGCCGUUGUGCCCCCAAUAAAGUGCUUCAAUCUUUUCAAAAGCCCGUUUUUCUACCCGCUUUCAAAGGUACUAUCGGACCUCGAGCACCUAUCCCAGGUGAAGACGUAUACAGCGGACGAGGCAAAACAGCUUUACGAGAAGGAUAUCAUUAUGGAGGACAUCCUGGACAUAGACGCUACCUUCAGAGUACAAUAUGGUCUCUGA